AUGGCAGUUGAACUGAUAUCGCCAACAGGAGGAAAGCCAAUUGUCGCAGCGUUCCUGAAGGCAAAUUCUGUACUUCUCAAUGGGAACACAUCGGGUGAGGGCUCCCGGGUCCACGUUGUAUUCCCAGCCCAAGUGGACGACGAACUCUCCCAACGGCUACCUAGAGAAAUGGUGCCUGGGGUUUAUUUUGCGCUGACAGACUUUCCAUUAUCCACCUCUGGAAAGAUUGACAGAAAGCGACUACGCGAAAUUGGAGGCUCGUUUUCGGCCCAGCAACUAGCCCAGUUGCGCACACAGGAAGACGAGGGCCCAAAACUACAACCAGAAACAGAACAGGAGAAAACAUUGCAGCAUCUCUGGGCCAAAGUACUAGGUAUAGAUGCUACUUCUAUUGGGCUAUACGAUAGCUUCUUCCAGCUCGGCGGCGACUCGAUUGCGGCUAUGAAGCUUGUGAGCGAGGCGCGCAACGUUGAUCUAAAGCUUUCCGUUCAAGACAUUUUCCAGGCGCAGCGACUAGGUCAACUGGCCAAUCGAUUGGCCCACUCUUCCACUGCCAAUGAGAGUGUAAUCGCCAAAGUCGACCAUCACGGACCUGUCGUUCAAUCGUUCGCGCAACGCCGACUUUGGUUCUUGGAAGAAUUGCAUCCAGGGUUAGAUUGGUAUCUUAUGCACCUUGCAGUGCGCAUCAGAGGCCCACUCCAACUUCCUGCACUUCAAGCUGCGUUACAGGCAAUAGAGCGCCGUCAUGAAACGCUAAGGACAACUUUUUCCACCAGCAGUGGCGAAGGCCUGCAGGAAGUUCAUCCUUUCUGUAGUGGAAAAGAACUCAAUAUCAUUGACAUCGGCUCACAGGAUGACAAGGUUUUGCUCGAGGCCCUGGAACGGGAACAGAAGACACCAUUCGACCUACGAACCGAGCCCGGAUGGAGAGUAUCUCUCUAUCGAAUCAAAGAACACUCUCAUGUUCUUUCAAUCAUCAUGCAUCACAUCGUCUCGGAUGGCUGGUCAGUAGAUGUUUUGAAGAGAGAAUUGAGCCAACUGUAUGCUGCCGCCAUCCGCGGUGAAGACCCAAACUCUCACUUACCACCCUUACCCAUUCAAUACCGCGACUUCUCUGUCUGGCAGCGAUUGCCAAACCAGGUUCAAGAGCACCAACGGCAGCUCGACUAUUGGAUCAACCAGUUAGACGCAAGCCGUCCAGCAGAGUUCCUCUACGAUAAGCCCAGGCCAGCUACUCUGUCCGGUAAAGCUGGCACGCAGAAACUCAACAUCAGCCACCAGCUCUAUGAAAGGCUGCAAAAUUUUGCCAGGGAACGUGGAGUGACUCUCUUUGUGGUCCUCCUCGCUGUUUUCAGGGCCGCACACUAUCGCCUGACCAACCAGGAUGACGCAAACAUCGGAGUCCCGAAUGCGAACCGAAGCCGCUGGGAAGUUGGAGAUUUGAUCGGAUUUUUCGUCAAUAUCCAAUGCAUCCGAAUCAAGAUCCAGGAUGAGACCUUUGAAGAGCUAGUGCGACAGGUCUACGCAACAGUAGUAGAUUCGCUUGCCAACCAGGAUGUACCUUUUGAGAGUAUUGUCUCUGCAUUGGAAGGAGACAGAGAUCUUUCCCGCAACCCUCUGGCCCAAGUUGCAUUCGCCGUUCACUCACAACAAGACAUAGGCAAUCUUGCCUUCGAGGGGGUCGAAACAGAAGCCAUAGAAGGCUUAGCUACCUCGCGCUUCGACCUCGAAUUCCAUUUCUUCCAGGAACAAAACAGUCUGCAGGGCUACAUUUACUUCUCAGAAGAGCUCUUUGCUCCCGAGACUAUAAGUUCGCUAGCAUCUGUCUUCAUGAGCAUCCUCGACAGCUGUCUCGACAAGCCAGAGAUGCAGAUCGCCGUGGCGCCACUCAUGACAAGCCAAGCACACACUCAGCUCGACCAGAUGGGGCUCCUCCGCAUGAACCAAACAGAAUAUUCCCGAGAUUCGAGCAUUGUCGACGUUUUCCGCCAGCAAGUCGCCAUGCAACCUUCCAGGAUUGCUGUCAAGGAUGCAUUGACAGAGUUGACCUACGCCCAGCUAGACGCACAAUCAGAAAAACUUGCAAAAUUUCUAGCGAUGAAGUCAUUUGCUCCCGAGACGGCAAUUGGUGUCCUGGCACAUCGAUGUUGCCAAGCAAUUGUUGCUUUCAUUGGUAUUCUCAAGGCCGGGCUGGCUUAUCUUCCAUUCGAUUCUAAAGCGCCUGAAGAGCGGAUGGAAUCCAUCCUCUCGACCAUUGAAGGACAAAAACUCGUCUUGGUCGGCCCAAAUAUCCGACUGCCUGCUGCUGAACUGGAGGAUGUUGAUUUUGCUCACAUCGUCGACAUCUUGGAUGCAGACGAGAAUGAGCAAUUCACGAGGAGUGAGCUCAAUCCUGCUCUCAAGCCUAGUGCUAAUAGUCUCGCUUACAUUCUAUUUACUUCUGGCUCUACUGGUCAACCAAAGGGAGUUAUGGUCGAACAUCGUGGCUUAGUACGCCUGGCACAACAUGAUCAGAUGGAGCAUUUCAAAUCGUCGGAAGCCACGGCUCACAUGGCAAAUCUUGCUUUCGAUGGCUCUUCCUGGGAGAUCUACACCUGUCUUUUGAACGGAGGAACUCUGGCUUGCAUCGACGCUACAACCGUACUGGACCAGGAUGCCCUCUUACGCGCCUUCAGAGAAUUCAAAAUCCGGAUCGCUUUUAUCACGCCCGCUCUGCUCAACUACAUUCUCGCGGAAUCUCCAGAUACAGUCGGUCACUUGGACACCCUACUUGUAGCAGGAGACAGAGCCGACAUAGCCGACUUUUUCACGGCACGCAACCUUGUGAGAAACAAGAUCGUCGUCAAUGCAUACGGCCCUACUGAGAAUUCUGUCAUGAGCACAUUAUACAUACUCUCUGAGGAUGAGGGCUGUAUCAAUGGUGUGCCGAUUGGACAAUCUAUCAGCAACUCGGGCGCAUACGUGAUGGAUCCAGAACAGAACCUUGUGCCACUUGGUGUCGUCGGAGAGCUUGUUGUUACCGGAGAUGGUGUUGCUAGAGGAUACACUGAUUCUAAUCGCAAUGUUGACCGUUUCGUAACUGUCACGAUUGGGAACGAAACAAUGCGAGCCUAUCGUACUGGCGACUAUGUCCGCCAGCGACCUAUAGAUGGACAAAUGAAAUUCUUUGGUCGAAUCGAUGGGCAAGUCAAGAUCCGGGGCAACCGUGUUGAGCUAGGAGAAAUCGAGACCAUUCUUCGUGGGCACAACUUGGUGCGUGACGCGGUUGUGGUAUCAGAACAACGACAAGAGAACGACCAGAAAUUGUUUGGAUAUGUCACGCUCAAAGAAGGAUCCGAAAUACCAAGCGACCAAAACAGCGAUGGUAACCAAAUACAGCAUGUGAACUCAUGGGAAGACCGCUUCAAUACGGAGAUUUACGCCCCAAUCACCAAUGUUCAGUCUGAGACCAUUGGGCAAGAUUUCAUCGGAUGGACCUCAAUGUACGAUGGCAAAGAUAUCGACAAGACGGAAAUGAAGGAGUGGCUGAACGAGACGAUCCAUACAAUUCACGAAAAAGUCGGCGGGCAAUUGAGAAACGUUCUUGAGAUUGGAUCAGGAUCCGGCAUGAUGCUCUUCAAUCUUGGAAAUAGCUUAAAACACUAUACCGGAUUUGAGCCCUCAAGAAAGGCCGUCGACUUUGUUGUUGGAACAGCCAGGUCAAUCCCAUCACUCGCCAACAAAGUGGAGAUGUACAAGGCUACAGCGGCAGAUAUCAGCAAAGUGAACCCGCCACCCCAGGCUAACCUGGUUAUUCUAAACUCCGUGGUCCAGUACUUCCCCAGCCAAGAGUAUCUUUUCAACGUGGUCCGAGACCUACUUCAAGUUGACGGGGUUGAGACAUUGUUCUUUGGCGACAUCCGUUCUCAUGCCCUGCACCGGGAAUUCUUUGCAGCCAGGGCGCUCUUUAUGGCUGGUGAAAGGGCUAGUAAGGAGGAUCUACGGCGUAUGGUGGAGGAUAUGGAACAGAUCGAACGCGAGCUACUGGUUGAUCCUGGCUUCUUUACUUCACUAACACAGCGGCUUCCUGAUCUGGUCCAGCAUGUGGAGAUUCAGCCCAAGAAAAUGAAGGCGACGAACGAGUUGAGCUCUUACCGUUACACAGCAGUCGUUUACUCUCGAGCCUGGAGUCCGCCAUGCGGAGGGCUUCGAACUAUCGCUGACAAUGAAUGGAUCGACUUCCAAGAGCAGGGCCUGGACCGUGAUUCUCUCCAGGAGCGCAUCAGUAAUGUGCCAAGCACACGUCCUGUAGCCAUAAGCAACAUACCCUGCAGCAAGACCAUCUUCGGAAAAUGCCUUUUGGGCUCCCUGGACGACGAAAAAGCCAGAAAGCCGGCCCACACGGAUUGGACCGCUCUGAUUAACCAAGAAACCAAGCGGAUACCAAGCCUUUCUGCCAUUGAUCUGGACGAGAUGGCCAAGGCAGCGGGUUGCCAUGUGCAGAUCAGUUGGAACAGGCAAUAUUCACAGCAAGGUAGCAUGGACGCGAUAUUCUAUCCUCGGCAAAUCAACGGUGAUAGUAGCAAGGCAGGACUGAUGUUUUCAUUCCCAACCGAUCAUGCCGAACGGCCACGGCAGACCCUCAGCAACAAGCCAAUGCGACAGCAACUCGUCAAAGAAGUCCAACAGCAGCUGGAUGAGCUUGUCAAGCUGCAGUUGCCUUCAUACAUGGUGCCGCAAUCGAUUCAAGUUUUGGAUAAACUUCCCAUCAACCAGAACGGCAAGGUAGAUCGGAAAGCUCUCAUCCAGAGAACAAAAACGCAGACGGUAGUCAACCAAGAAGGGCUGCAACGAGAACUAAGCACUGCAGAGCUCAAAGUGCAGCAGAUACUAUCGCGAGUCCUUGGGAUUGACGCUAGUCGAAUUGGGUUAGAAGAUAGCUUCUUUCAGCUAGGCGGAGACUCAAUUGCGGCUAUGAAGAUAGUCGCCGCCGCGCGAGAGGAAGACAUCCACCUCACUAUUGCGAACAUCUUCCAGCACCCUAAACUCGCCAACCUGGCUACAGUAGCUCAGUUCUCUCAACAAGAAGCUGAAGACAAGCCGAUUCAACCGUUCUCUCUCCUCUCGCCAACCCAAAAGGACCAUCUCCUCCAGGCUAUACCUGCGGCAACCUCCAAUGUGGAUAGCGCCGACAUUGUCGAGAUCCUUCCGACGACAUGGAUGCAGAAUCUCUUCAUUUCCCGUGGUGUCAAUAUUCAACCUCUCGCUUUCAACUAUUUCUUCCUCGAUCUAGGGCCCCGUGUUGACGUCUCUCGCCUCCGAAGCAGCAUCCCCGCCCUUGUCCAGCACUUCCCUAUACUUCGAACCAAGUUUGUUUACGUGGAUGGGGUAUUAUGGGGAACCGUUCUUCGCAAACCAGAAGUUCCUUUCACCGAGUUCCAUCUGGAUAUCUCUCUCGACGAAGCAGCUGACACUGUCUGUCUGGAAGACAGUCGGACCACGGAGCCUCUGGAGUUGGCCACUGCUUUCAUGCUGGUGCGAAGCGCCUCAAGCGAACACCGUCUGGUCUUCCGCAUUACGCACGCUCAAUACGAUGGAGUUUGUUUCCCAUCAUUCAUCAAAGCGCUGUUCGCCCUCUACUGUGGCAAGCCCCCGGAGCCUUCCCCUACACACUCGACUUAUCUGGCCUGUAUUCAGGGUAAGAAAUCAGCUUCGGUCCUGCACUGGCGCAAGGUCCUCCAAGGUUCGCGGAUAACAAAAGCUACUCCCUUGCUGGGUCCCAGUAUCCGACGUGGCAUCACUCCAAUUGAAGUUCAGACAGAAAGCAUUACCGCCAAGCCUCAUGUCCCCACUGGUCUUACUCUGGCUUCAAUCAUCAGUGCGGCUUGGGCAAAGGUGCUCUCGCAAAUCACCGGAGAAGAAGAUGUAGUCUACGGAUACAUGGUAGCUGGCCGCAAUGCUAAUAUCCCGACCAUGAGCAAGAUUGUCGGUCCUUGCCUCAACAUCAUUCCAGUCCGAGCACGGGUGCAUGCAACAGCUACUUCAACCGAACUAGUGCGUUUGAUUCAAGAACAGUACAUCGCACUGGGUGAAGCAGACUCACUGGGCUUUGACGAGAUAGUCCGCACGGCGACAGACUGGCCAGCCGAUACGCACUACGACUCGGUGUUCCAGCACCAGAACCUGAACGAACACCCCGAGUUCGAGUUCGAAGACACCACCUCUCGCCUGCAUUGGUUCCAGAAUCCCGAUUCAGUACCUUGUAUCCUGACUGUGGUGUCCUACCCGCUCAAAGACGGGCUCAGGAUUGUAGUCAGGGGUAACGAGCACAUCAUCACACCCGCGAGUGCAGAAAUGAUCAAUCAGAGGCUCUGCGAGAUGAUUGGAAAGUUGUCUGCUUCGCUGCAGUAG